AUGAUUAUCCCGAUUCGUUGCUUCACGUGUGGUAAAGUCAUUGGCAACAAAUGGGAGGCCUACUUGGGCCUCUUACAGGCCGAGUACACCGAAGGUGAUGCUUUGGAUGCGUUGGGUUUAAAGCGCUAUUGUUGUCGUCGGAUGCUCUUGGGCCACGUGGACCUCAUUGAAAAACUCCUCAACUACGCCCCUUUGGAAAAUCGAUUGAUUCUUUGUUUGGGUCUCCCUCCCUCCCUCCCUCCCUCCAGAGCCAGCCAAGGUGGGCGGAUUGAGUGCCCCGGUGGAUUGUGCCCCUCCUCCUUCGCCUUCUCCCACCGCCAUGAUGAAUUCGAUAGAGCCCACCCCUGCGCUCCUCCCCCUGCCGAUUUGCACGUCAAAUACAGCAAACUGGCCUCGGAGUACGCCAAGCUCCGGGCGCAAUUUGGCGUGGUCAAGCAGGCCUUUGUUGACGAGCAAAGCCAAGGUUUGACCUUAGGUGAGAAGCUCCGCGAGAAAGAGGUGUGGGCUCGCAAGUACGAAACCGAGAUGGAAUCCGUCCAGUUCCGCAACGUCCAAUUGAGGCGAGUUCAUGUCCUCCAAGAGGAAUUGGAGGCCUGGACGGCGGGCAAAAACGCCAAAGACCGCGGAGGUCACAGCACCCAGAAGGCCUCGGCCGAGCGGAUGGCCGCGGCUGAAGGGCUGAAUUCCGUGAUUGGGCGCAACUCCAGGGCAAGAUCGAGGAAAACGCCCAAUUACAUGCCCGAUUGGCCGAGAUCGAUCAUAAGUAUGAGGAAGUCAUCUCAUCCUUGCAAUCCCGGAUUAAACAAUUGGAAGCCGGAGACCGGAAACAGGCCCAGAGUGAACGGGCUGAAGAUUCCCAUCGGAAAGAUCUGAUUCAACCUCAAAGCCGAGAAUGUCCAACACUUGGAGCGGAUUCGCAGUCUAGAGAAGGAGUUGAUUGAUCAUCAGGAUCGAAUCACAGUGUUGCAGGUCCAAUUGGAGAGUGCCUCGGUCACUUCAGAGUUGACCAGUCCGGUCAAAGAACCGGUGGUGAAGGGCCCACCGUCGGGUCAUCGUCCAUCGUCCACGGGUCGCAGUGAGACGGCCCAUAGUUAUCCCUUGAGAGUCGAGGAUGUGCGGAUCCAGUCGGUGGAGCUGCUGAGCCAGUUUGGUGAGACCAUUUCCGAAUUGGUGGCCGGUUUCUCGGACUUUUUGACCUAUUGGGAACAUCGCCUUAAGGAUACCCAUUUGGAUGGGCCUUUGACGGAUUCGGCCGACCAAUUGUCCAAACUUUUGUUGCAAAAUGUCAAGUACCUCAAACCCAUCGAGGAAGCCUUCCAGACUGGCUUGUCCGAGGUUUUAGCCCGGAAAAGCCGCGAUAGUUCCGGGAUUUUGCGUCACUUCCAAAAACUGGCCGCUGUUUUCAACCGCUAUGUGAGUUAUGUCAUGGAGCUCGAGCCGCACAUGCUCGCGUGUCUGCAGAUCGAGAGUAACGCCUACUCUUGUCCCCCCGGGCAACGUGAGCGAAACGCCCAAUUGCAGAAUCGGAUUCGGUCAUUCAAUCGAGUCUUAGAACGGGUAUCGCACUACUUGACUGAGCUCCAGAAAGAGCAUGAGUCCGAAGUGGUGGAGGCCAUUGAGAACCUGACCGUAGCCGUGUCUCAAAUACAUCAGGAAACCACGGAAUUGUACAACAUCUACUCGGCCAAAGCUGUGGAAGAAAAUGGUUUACCCACGGUCACGGAUCAAUUGAAGAAUACCAACCAAUGCAUCGUGGCGUCGCUAUCCAGCAUUGCCAAUGGCGAAAACGCAAUAUCCCGACUCCUCUCGGACAACAUGCCUCGAAUCAUCACACUUAUUCGGGUGGGCUUGCAAUUUCAAAGUCAUCCAGAGCCAUCACCCGAAGAAGAAUCUCCGCCCGCAGCGGUAGAGCCUCAAGAUCUGCCCGAUUCUAACGCCAGUGGUUUGACUCAAGAGCUGGAACUCAUCCAAGGCGAGAACGAUAUUCUCCUUAAAACCAUUGAAGACCUUCAACAAAAAGUCAAAAAAGCUGAGGAAACCAAGGAGCAUUGGAAUCUGGAGUUCCAGUUACUCCAGCUGAAAUACGAUCGAUGUCGGGCCUCUUCCGGUCAAGAAUCGUUGUUGGCCGAAACGGACCAAGAUAAACUCUUGAGCGAACGCGAACUGGAACUCAAGCGCCAUUUCCAAGAUCGAAUGCAGGAAAUCGUGGCCGAGAAGUUGAUGGCUGAUAGCCAAGCCACUUCGUUCCUCCUCGAAUGCGUGGCCUUGGAGAGGCGAUAUCGUUCGGCUGAGAAACGUCGAGAGCAUUUGAUAGAAGAGCUCCGGAAAGCUGAGGCUCAAACUGUGGUCCUCAAGGAGGAAGUAGAUACCACGGCAGCCAAUUAUGAGGGCCAACUGAGCUUGAUGACCGAGCAUGUGGCUCGAAUGAACGAAAAGCUCACCAUGAAGACGGAUGAGAUUGACAGUUUAAAAUAUGAAUUGAGUCAUAAGGGCAAGAAGAAAAAAUGAUCCGUUCUUUCCCUGUCAGUUUUAAAUUGUCUUGAAUAAUCUGAUAUUUAUAUACAUAACGAUCCUUGUGAUAUUUUCCCCCGUUACUUUUAUAAGUCAAUGUUGUGAAUAUGUAUCGCUCCUUCCUUGUUUUUGGGAUUUAUUUUCUUUUCAUGUUGAUUUAGAACAUUAUAUAACAAAUCUUACAACACA